UUUCGAGAAGCACCAUCACCAGAUCGCGUAGCUAGUGCCCGCUUCAUCAACGGUAUGCCUCAUCAACGGUAGCUACCCACGGUAAACACAGCCCAAUGAGACCUGUGAGGCUUCCCGUAGCUUUGGCUUUCCGCCGUCGCUAUGUGCCGGCGGUACGGCCAUCGUGGGUCUGCCCAUCGUGCAGCCAUGGCCAGACAUGGCGACAACGGUUCAUGAGCUCCGACAGCAAGAGCGACAAGCCAUACUACGUGACGACGCCGAUUUUCUACGUCAAUGCAUCACCGCACGUCGGUCACAUGUACUCGAUGCUCCUUGCCGACGUCUUGAAACGCUGGCAAGUCCUCAAAGGCCGGCCUGCGGUUCUCUGCACCGGUACCGAUGAGCACGGCUCCAAGGUGCAGCAGGCGGCGGCGCGAGGCGGCGUGGCACCCAAGGAGUUCUGCGAUACGACGGCCGAGAAGUUCCGGGACCUGGCGCGGGCGAUUGGCAUGGACAAUGACUACUUCAUCCGUACGACGGACCCGGACCACAAGGAUGCAGUGCAGUACUUCUGGCACCUUUUGAAGAAGAGGGGCUACAUUUACGAGUCCAAACAUGAGGGAUGGUACUGCGUCAGCGACGAGUGCUUCUAUGCAGCCCAAGAGAUCGAGCGAAAGGUGAUGCCGCAGACGGGGAGCACAGUGAUGGCUUCGAUCGAGUCCGGGAACGAGGUCGAGUGGGUCGAGGAGAAGAACUACCACUUCCGCAUGACGGCGUUGAAGGAGAGGCUGUUGGAAUUCUACGCGGCAAACCCGGACUGGAUCGUGCCGAGGACGCGUAUGAAUGAGGUGAUCGCCUGGGUGUCGAACAACCUCGAAGACCUCUCCAUCUCGCGGCCGGUACAGAGGCUGGACUGGGGCGUGCGCGUGCCUGACGACCCGACGCAGACCAUCUAUGUAUGGAUCGAUGCGCUCAUCAACUACCUCACCAAGGCAGGCUUCCCCGGGUGGCAACCGGGCCGCGAACACGAGGGCGGAUGGCCCGCGGACGUGCACGUCAUCGGCAAAGACAUUGUACGGUUCCACGGCGUGUACUGGCCGGCGCUUCUCAUGGCGCUGGACCUGCCGCUGCCGAAACAGCUACUGACUCACGCGCACUGGACGUUGGGAAAGAGGAAGAUGUCCAAGUCACUGGGCAAUGUGGUGAACCCGUUCUUCGCGAUUGACCGCUGGGGAUUGGACACAAUGAGGUACUUCAUGAUGCGCGACGGCGGCAUCGAGAAGGAUGCCGACUACGAGAACUCGGUCGUCAUGGCGAGGUAUCACAAGGACCUGCAGUCAACACUGGGCAACCUAGUGAGCCGGGUCGCUAGGAGCAAGGUGUGGAAGAUCAGGGACUCGGUGGCAUGGGCGGGUGAGAAUAGCGCAUCCUUGGGGCAGAGUUUCACAGCGAGCGAGUCGCUGAAGGCGAUAGUCAACGAGAUGGCGGCCACCAUGUCGAAGCACAUGGACGAACUGGACCCCAACGCCGCAAUACGCAGCGUUUUCAGCGUUCUCGCUGAGGCGAACAAGUACAUCUCCGACACGGCCCCAUGGGAGCUGACCAAAUCAACGAAGACCGAAGACCAGGCCGCACUGCAUGAGAUCAUCUACUUCACCUCGGAGACCGUUCGCUGCGCGGGCAUCCUCCUCCAGCCCAUCAUGCCGGCCAAGAUGGGCACCUUGCUGGACAUCCUUGGUGUUCCGGUCGAUAGGCGCGGGUUUGAGCACGCGGCUUUGGGCGCAGACCUGACGUACGGCACGCCGGUGACUGAUCCGGGACGGCCCGGGGAGUGGGGGAGCCUCUUCCCGCCGCAGCCUGCAGAGAGUUGAGCUCGGGGCGUGUGGUUGUUCGUCGUGAUGUUAUAUGGACGGCACACAUGUGUAUAUCUAUAAUCUCCCAGGACUGGCGUCGAUUGUAUGAGUACGUGUAUCAUUGUGUAAAUCAAAGAGACAAAAAUAUGAGAGAGCCCAAUGCCAAUGAGAGGGAAGAGAGAGAGGGAAUAAGCACUCUCGAG